ACACUUACAAAAACCCCCCAACACAACUCUUUACUCUCACCACUCUCUCAACCUCCUCUUCUUGUGCUUCCACCACCAUCAACCUCUCUGAGACAUAUCACAAACACCUUCAUCAGUACUCCUCCAAGACCGCUCCACCCCGCGCUGCCGCCAUGGCCAGACCACAACAGCGAUACCGCGGUGUCCGCCAGAGGCACUGGGGCUCUUGGGUCUCCGAAAUUCGCCACCCCAUCCUGAAGACUAGAAUAUGGCUAGGAACAUUUGAGACAGCGGAGGCCGCGGCGAGAGCGUACGAUGAAGCUGCCAGGCUCAUGUGUGGCACGAAAACGCGUACUAAUUUCCCUUACAAUGCAGAAGAGUCUCGGUCAUCAUCGACAAAGCUUCUUUCGGCUACUUUGACAGCUAAAUUACAAAAAUGCCACAUGACAUCACUACAAAUGGCCAAAAAAAUGAUACCUAAGGAGCCUCGUGAUGUGCGAUCACCGUGUGUUGCCAGAGAUGGUGGCAUUGUGAAAAAGGAGGGGGAAAUGGGUACCGGGUUGUCGGGAAAAUGGGUAGUUAAUGAAGGUGAUCAAGUGGAGAGUAGUGCCCAACAAUUCAAGGCUCUUGAAGAUGAUCAUAUAGAGCAGAUGAUAGAGGAAUUGCUUGAUUGUGGGUCUAUUGAGCUUUGCUCUGUUGUGUCAAAUUAGGCAACAUUGUAAAAUGUAGCAUCUACUUCCAUCUGCUAAUGCCAGCCUUUUCUUCUCUCACUUCUUGUUAUAAAUCACUAUAUAUAUAUAAGUAUAUAGUACGUUGGAGUGGCUAAGAUCCAUAGAGGUGUGACCCAGAUUAUGCACUUUGUUCAUGAUCUCAAAUAGAAGGAAAAACAAGCCAAACUUUUGAGGUGUUAAAGAUGAAGGAAUUAGAAGGUUCAAUACUCCUUUACA